AUGCAACUUAGAAUACUUGGUGCUGGACAGGAUAUAGGAAAGUCGUGUGUGGUGGUGACUAUGCGGAAUCGCACUAUAAUGUUCGAUUGUGGUAUGCACAUGGGCCAUACAGACUCACGUAAGUUCCCGGACUUUGGCCUCUUAGGACCGCGGCCAUACACCGGUACAGUUGAUUGUGUGCUUAUCACCCAUUUCCAUAUGGACCAUUGUGGUGGUUUGCCUUAUUUUACCGAACAGUGUGGAUAUAACGGCCCAAUUUAUAUGACUCCUCCGACUCGGGCCGUCUUACCAAUCAUUCUCCAGGACUACUGCAAGGUCUACAGCGAGAAAGACGACACGGCGCGUAACCAAGCGACGUAUAGCGAACAAAAUGUCAAAGACUGCAUGAACAAGAUCCAGACAAUUUCAAUAGAAGAAACUAUUGAGAUAGAGCCGGGGUUUUCUAUUACAGCUUACUAUGCUGGACACGUUCUAGGGGCAGUUAUGUUUCAUGUCCAGGUGGGUGAGGAGUCGGUGGUUUAUACUGGUGAUUAUAACAUGUCACCGGAUCGGCACUUAGAUGCGGCCUGGCUGCCUAAUUUACGGCCGAGUCUGCUGAUUACUGAGUGCACAUAUGCCCAACUAGUUCGUGACUGCCGCAAGGAAAGAGAACGAGAAUUCGUCGAGUCAGUAGUAUCUUGUGUGAAGAAAGGCGGGAAAGUUCUUAUUCCGGUCUUUGCACUAGGUCGGUCGCACGAAUUAUGCCUCCUGCUAGAUACGCAUUGGGAGAAGACUGGCAUGCAAGUGCCAAUUUACACCUCAGCUACGCUUACGCAUAAGGCUAAUGAGAUUUACAAGCAGUUUAUUGAUUACACUCAUGAACAUAUUCGCAAUAACAAGCACAAACGUAAUUUGUUUGAUUUUCAGCACGUUCGGCCUUUUGAAUCGGGAUAUGCCAAUGCCGAGGGCCCUAUGGUUUUAUUUUCAUCGCCUGGUAUGCUUCAUUCUGGGCCUAGCUUAUCUAUCUUUAAAAAAUGGUGUGGUGAUCCCAAAAACCUUGUGAUCUUCCCGGGGUAUUGUGUUAAAGGGACAAUUGGCGAGAAGGUUCUCAAUCGGGCUAAAAAGAUAGAAACGGCCGGGAUAGUUUAUCCGGUGAAUAUGCAGGUUAAAAACAUGCCUUUCUCCGCCCAUGCUGAUCAGCGGGGAAUUAUUUCCUUAAUUCAGCACUGCAAUCCGUACCGUAUUGUGCUAGUGCAUGGUGAUAUUCAGCGGAUGAAGCGGCUGCAACAAAUAAUUGAAACUAAACUUGGCAUUCCAACGAUGUAUCCGCCAAAUGGGGCUUUCUUUACACUGACACCGCCGCCAAUUGUUCGAGCCUUGGUUUCAUCGGAAGCACUUGCUAGUCUGCAAGAGAAAGGCCCGGCCCCGCAGGAAGGCGAACUUUCUGGUGUGUUUGCCCCUGAUGAUCCUAGGGCUAGUCUUUACAUCGACUCCUGCGCUGAAACAGUUAUCUAUCGCUAA